AGAGAGUAAAAUGGUGGUAGAUAAAGCGCAAGACGGGGCCAUGAGCUUUGCACCACCCUACGACUCGCUACGAGCUCGACCGAGUCCCUGCAGUUCAAAAGAGUGGGAAAGAGAGCUGCACGGUGCUCAAAGACUGACGUCCCCACUUCGAGUGGCUCUGCCUUCUGUUUCCCGACGGCCUUCAGCGCUCCCUGGAUAUCUGCUCUCACCCUCCCGAAAGUAUGCUGAUCAACAGCAACGUCUUUCAUUAUCGCUGUGCUCAGAGGCCUCGCUGGCGCCCCCUGUGCCUGCUGUGGGUGCUGCUCCACCUUGCUGCCGGACGGUGGGAGUCAUGCCCUUGCUGCGCCUUGCGCUCCUGAUUUUCAGCUUCCUUUUUUGGGCAGCAGGCCUUGCGACCUUCACCUUAGGAGUCUGGGCGCAAGCUUCGCUGUUUGACUACAUGCUACUCUCUACGAACCGCUACCCAAAUGCGCCCAUCAUCUUGUUAUGCACAGGUGCUGUUGUGACCACUUGGGGCUUUUUGGGAUGUUUGGGAGUGGCUGCCAACCUUCCCUACCUUCUGAGGGCAUAUGGCUUUUUCCAGUUGGCCACACUAAUGGGUGGACUAGCGGCGGGUCUCUCGGGGCUCUUUUACAGGGAGGAUAUUGCUGAAGGUUUCCGUAGUGGGCUUAAGAACGCUGUGUUGGACUAUGGAGAAGAUGAGGGCCGCGCAGAUGCACUGGACAGUUUGCAGAGGGCACUUGAUUGCUGUGGCGCUGAGGGUUGGCGCGAUUGGCUCAUGUCCGAUUGGGCUAUUCAGGAUACUGUUAACUCAACAGGAGGUUUGGGGAAUGAUUCUUCUGCUGUGUCGUUGCCAGACAGUUGCUGUGUGAAACGCAAAGGCUGUCUCAAUAGACCAUUGCCAGAGAGUAUAUUCAGUGACACUGAGCUCGCAGGGAUUCAUGCUCACGGUUGUUUCCGCAAAGUCUUCAGCUUGGUAAAUGACAACAUCUUUCAUAUUGCAGCAACAGUCCUGUGUCUUGCUUUCACCCAGGUGGCAGGUAUAGCCCUCACUUGUCUGCUUGCCAAUCGUCUUUCACCCAGACUGCGAAGACAAGCCCGUUGAAAUUAAAAAAGCAUCAUGAAUUUGCCUCAUGUAGACUUUCAUUAUACUUGCUGCAGUUUCUUGAGUUCUUGAGUUUUUAUGGAUGAGACCAGCAAAAGGUUUUUGGAAAAAUACAAAGAUUAACACUGCAAGUGUGUCAUAAAUGUUAGAUUGAAUGUUUAAAAUGUUAAUUAUCUUAUAUAUAAUUAAAGUUCGCAUGACUCUGAAUGACUUGUGUUUUUGUCCAAUAGUCCAUUUAGCUUCCAAUACUGCCUGAAAUAUAAUGGAUAAAUAUGUGUGUCUCAUAUGUAUUCAGU